AUGUGGACAACUACGUCCGGCCUCCGAGGCAAGAGCCUUCAUCUGGCCAUCACUAUCACCUCCGUCAUCGGCUUCUCUUUAUUUGGCUACGACCAAGGUCUGAUGUCUGGUAUCAUCUCCGGUGACCAGUUCGUGGCCGAAUUCCCCGUCCUCGAUGGCACCUCCACGCAUGUCUCGGUCUUGCAAGGUGGCGUCACUUCCUCUUACGAGAUUGGAUGUUUCUUUGGUGCUAUAUUCACCCUUUGCUUCGGUCAACGCAUCGGACGCACUCCCAUCCUCGUUGCUGGUGGUCUCCUAAUGGUUCUGGGAACGGUGAUUUCGACCUGUUCUUUCCAGCCCCACUGGGGUUUGGGGCAGUUUGUUGUCGGCCGUGUCAUUUCUGGCGUUGGAAACGGCAUGGACACUGCAACUAUUCCCGUGUGGCAAUCUGAAUGUUCCCGUGCCCACAACCGUGGCUUCCUCGUGUGCUUCGAGGGCGCUAUCAUUGCCGUCGGUACCUUCAUCGCCUACUGGAUCGAUUUCGGUCUUUCUUACGUCGAAAGCUCAGUCCAGUGGCGCUUCCCCGUUGCUUUCCAGAUCCUCUUCGCUAUCCUUGUCGUUAUUGGUGCUUUGAUGCUGCCGGAGUCACCUCGUUGGUUCAUCAUGCACGGCAAAACCAAGGAGGCACUCCACGUUCUGGCCCAACUAAACGACAGUACUGAGGAUGCUGAAGACGUGCUAAGAGAUUUUAACCUCAUGCAGGCUGACCUAAAGGCCCUUCAGGGUGCUGAGGCAGGAGGUUGGAGUACUCUUUUUACUUUCGGCAAGACCCAGGAAUUUCAACGCAUGAUGAUCGGGUGCUCUGGUCAGUUCUUUCAGCAGUUCACUGGUUGUAACGCCGCUAUCUACUAUUCCACACUUUUGUUCAAGAACAACCUACACAUGACUGGCAAACUCCCUCUGGUUCUGGGCGGUGUUUUCGCUACUGUCUAUGCACUUGCUACCAUCCCCUCUUUCUUCAUGGUUGAGAAGGUUGGUCGCCGAAAUCUAUUUUUGAUCGGAUUUUUAGGCCAGGGUCUCAGUUUCAUCAUUACCAUGGGCUGCCUGAUUGACGACAAUGAGCAGAAUGCUAAGGGUGCUGUAGUAGGCAUCUUCUUGUUUAUCGUCUUCUUUGCCUUCACCACCCUACCUCUGCCCUGGAUCUACCCCCCUGAGAUUAACCCUCUCCGCACCCGUACCAUGGCAGCUUCUGCUUCGACUUGCGUCAACUGGAUUUGCAACUUUGCCGUCGUCAUGUUUACCCCGGUCUUCUCCAACAAAAGUGCUUGGGGUAUUUAUCUUUUCUUUGCUGCGAUCAACUUUACUGCAAUUCCUUUUGCUUAUUUCUUCUACGUCGAAACCGCUGGUCGUGAUUUGGAAGAGGUUGAUAUCAUCUUCGCCAAGGCCCACGUCGAGAAGAAAUGGCCCUUCCAGGUCGCUCAAGAGCUACCCAAGCUCAGCCACGAAGAAAUUCAACAUCACCUCUUUGAUCUAGGUCUUGGCGCCUCGGAUCACAGCUCGGCGUCUGAUAACGAGAAGGUAGAGAUCGGUGGCGGGAGCAGCAGUCCUGAGCAUGCCAGCGCAUCCAACUAA